CUAAUUUUUAUUGAAAAUGUAAGCUUUCAUUGCAAAUAUCUCUGCGAAACACAGCGACGGACUUGAGUUGAUACCAAGUGUCUUGAACAAACAAAAAGGCAUGCGAUGCACGGCUUGAUAGGAGCUACCCAAGCCAUAUCUCUCUCCAAAGCAUCAAUUCGGUACCUCAACUCAACUGCUCGCUCUCACUUUCCACUUCGUAAACUUCUCAACCCACCUUUUCUUCUUCACAAACCCUUAUUGUUCAAGUCCUCUCUAUCGGUCCGUUCCUUUGCGAUAAUGGCAAGCGUCGACGACUUCGUCAAGGGAAGUGUUCACCCGAACGGCGUCGCCGUCAUCACCCUUGAUCGCCCAAAAGCUCUCAAUGCCAUGAAUUUAGAAAUGGAUGUAAAAUACAAAAGUUAUCUAGAUGACUGGGAAUCUGAUCCAAGGGUGAAAUGUGUUCUGGUCAAUAGCAGCUCGCCCCGUGCCUUUUGUGUUGGUAUGGAUAUUAAAGGAGUUGUUGCUGAAAUUCAAAAGGACAAGAGUGGUGAUGUGAAGCAGAUCACAACUAAUAAACAACUGUCAGAUGUAAUUGAGGUUUUUUCAGCUGAGUACUCUCUGAUAUGCAAAAUCUCCGAUUACAAGAAGCCAUAUAUAAGCUUCAUGGAUGGCAUCACAAUGGGCUUUGGGAUUGGUCUUUCAGGCCAUGGUCGCUAUAGGAUUAUAACAGAGAGAACACUUCUUGCUAUGCCUGAAAAUGGAAUUGGUUUGUUCCCAGAUGUGGGGUUUGCAUAUAUAGCAGCACAAAGUCCAGGAGGAGGAUCUGUUGGUGCUUACCUUGGAUUGACUGGAAAAAGAAUUUCUACGCCCUCAGAUGCACUAUAUGUAGGGUUUGGAUCACAUUUUGUGCCGUCUGGAAACCUAGCUUCACUAAAGGAAGCCCUUCUGUCAACAAACUUUUCGGAGGAUCCACAUCAAGAUGUUAAAGCACUUUUGACCAAAUUCAGAAGCAACCCUGAGGCAGAGGCUCAAUUAAGUUUGCUUUUACCUCAAAUAAUUUCAUCUUUCGGUUCAAAUAAGUCAGUUAUUGAGACAAUUGAAUCUCUGAAAAUACACCAGCAGAGUUCAGAUGAAACUGUGGUGGAGUGGGCAAAUGAAGCUCUUCAAGGAAUUGCUAAAGGUGCUCCCUUUUCACUUUGCUUAACACAGAAGUACUUCUCCAAAGUAGCAUCUGCACAUGGAAAGAAUGAUAAUGAAUUAUCCUCGCUUACUGGUGUGAUGAAAACUGAAUAUCGCAUUGCCUUGAGAUCUUCUUUGAGGAAUGAUUUUGCUGAAGGUGUUCGCGCAGUGUUGGUCGAUAAGGAUCAGAACCCUCAAUGGAAUCCAUCGACUUUGGAGGAAGUUGAUGAGAAGGAAUUAGAAGGUGUGUUUGAAGCACUGAGCCCAGGUGUUGAGGAACUGCGUGUGUGACUUUACCCUGGAAAAAAAGUGCUUUGUUUGAUCAGUAAUAAUGUGUAUCGAAAGGCAAUAAUAGACAUUUGAAUGAAUAACCCUUUUCGUAGUGUUGUGCUUAUUUCAUCUACCAUCUUUUUAUUUCCGUGGCAUUCUCUCAACAUUGAAUGAACUUACACAUGAAUAACCCUUGUCCAAUCCUAGUGUUAUGCUUA